AUGAACACCAAACAUCAUCAUGAAGAUCAAAAUUUAAGGAAACAUGUGAAAGUUCACAAAAAACAAGGUAGAAGAAGGCUUCAUACUACUAGACCUUAUCAAGAAAAGCUUCUAAAUAUGGCUGAAGCUAGAAGAGAAAUUGUUAGUGCCUUGAAAUUUCAUAGAGCUUCUAUGAAACAAGCUAGUGAGGAAGAGAAACAACAAAAGUUUCAACAACAACAACAACAAGAUUUAAGGUUGUCUCAUCCUAACCAACAACUUUCAAGUUUUGACUUAGAGCAAGAUUUAAGGUUGUCUAGGAGAAAUCCUAGGAUUUAUCCAUCAUGCAUGGACAAUUUAUCAAAUGAUUUUUCCUAUUUUUCUUCUUCUUCUUCUUCUUUCUCUCAUCCUUCACUCUCACUUCCAACAUGGCCUAUUUCUUCAUCCUUUUCACCAAUGGUUGAAAAUUCCAAUAUUACCCUCCCAGAUCAAACUUUAGGAUUGAACCUUAAUUUGCAUGAUUUCAACAUCAACAACUUAGAUGCUAAUACCCUUUUACUUGACAACAACAUCAACAUCAACAACAACAAUAAUGAGUUAUCAUUUUGUUCUUAUUCACCUCCACCAUCUUUAUCUCCUUCACUUUAUCUAACAAACGAUCCCGAAAUUCCUUCGGUUAACGAAAUAUCACAAGGAGAAGAUGUAUCCUCAAUGGUAGAUACCAUUGAGUCAACUCCUACAAACCAGGUGAAGGAAGGAGGCUCUCAUGCAGCCAUGGAUGAUGAAGGUAUGGAAGAGAUGAGAUCAUUGGGAGAGCAAUAUCAAAUGGAAUGGAAUGACACUAUGAGUUUUGUUACAUCAACUAUGUGGUUCAAUUUCUUGAAGAAAAUGGAGAAUGAUGCACCACAAGACCAUGCAUGUGAUCAUGUCUUUGAUGAGUUCAUGGAAUUUGAGCCUACUUGGUUCAAUGCUGAAGAAGAAAGCUGUUUAGAACAGUGGUCAGAAUCUGAGAAUUAUUUGCUAGAUCUUGGUUUACCUUGGUAA